UCAUGCAUGUGCUUGCAACAGGAACAGCCGACCAGUUUAACUUCAGUUCGCCAUCCGCUCUCCAGGCAUGUCUUUUUCUUCAACUUCCUGCUACUGGUCUUCCUAGGGAGCAUCAUGGAUGAAUCAACGCCCGACGCCUUUGUCAACCGAAAUGAACCGAUACCCGUCCUAUCAAACGCCAGUCUGGAGAAGGACUUGAAGAACUUGGACUCCAAGCGCAAGAGGUCAGCAUCCGUGACUCGGCACUCGUUACAGGACCGGCUCUUUGCCAAGCUGCUGCAACAGGUUAUCCCCGCAGAUGAUGCUGAUGAUGAAUCGGUAUCAGCGGGCGACAAGCCCAUCUCCGCACAGGAGCGACCUGCAUUCAGUCUUCCUCUAAUGACCAACAACUUUCGUCGUUUCAAUGCAAGAAUUGGAAUCGUGUUUUCAUUUCAGAAUCAAAUUGAGCGUCUACUCAGCUGGAAGAAACCAUCUCAUACCGUUUCCUUCCUUUUUGUCUAUUCAUUCAUAUGUCUAGAUCCACAUCUUCUUGCUAUCCUUCCUAUCGCCAUAUUCCUACUCUUCGUGAUGGUACCUGCUUUUCUGGCUCGCCAUCCUCCACCUCCCUCAACAUCAACAUCUAGCACCACUCCAUAUUAUUCCUAUGAAGGCCCAGCACUGGCACCUGCAAAGACCAUUGAGCCCGCAUCUGAGACGUCCAAAGAUUUCUUUAGGAAUCUCCGUGAUCUACAGAACUGCAUGGCCGAUUUCUCCGACUUACACGACGCGACUAUAUCAAUGUUUGCUCCACUGACAGACUUUUCAAAUGAGAAACUUUCAUCAGCAACUUUCCUCGUAUCGACUAUCAUUUCCGUAUUGCUAUUCCCCGCCUCUCACCUUUUCCCAUGGAGACUUAUACUCCUCGUGGGUGGCAAUGCGGCCAUCUUAUCGAACCAUCCUAGAUUCCACGAAAUCUUCCAGAGUCUUGUGAGUGAUGUCGCUGAUGAAAUGGCCAAUCGAUCAUUGGCAUGUCCUCCUAGUGUUAAGGACACACAAGGCCUUUUAUCUACCCCAUCUGCGACUAUGUCUACUUUGGGAUCACUGGCCGAGAUUUCCUUGGAUUCAUUCCCAGAAGAGCGUGAGGUGGAAAUUUUUGAGCUCCAAUAUCGAUCGCUUGUACCAUACGCAGAAUCGCAAUGGGACCAUUUUCUUUUCAGUCCCAUGCCAUAUGAUCCACUUUCACCUUACCGAAUCGCGGGGGAUCGGCCUAGAGGAUGUCGGUUCUUCGAAGAUGUUCGAGCACCUUCUGGCUGGGCCUGGAAAAGCAAGAAAUGGGAGCUUGAUUUAGAUUGUCGCGAAUGGGUUGUCGAACGCAUGAUUACCGGUGUCGGGUUCGAGAUCCCUGGUAGCGCCACUGAAAGCAGCGGGGCCAACGAUGAGGUCGGGGGUUGGGUGUGGGAUCACUCCACUAACACGACAUCUCAGGAUGAAGACGAGGAGGUAACCGCAUCAGGCUAUGGAGAUCUUGUCUCCGAGUCGAAGAACUCAGCCAAGCCAAGCACCAAAGAUAAACUGAAAGAGAAGGGAAAGGCUGCCAUGCGGGACUGGGAAGAACGCAGUGUAGGACUGCAUGGGAUGGGAGAAUGGAGAAGGAGAAGAUGGGUGCGAAUCGUACACCGAGUCAGUGUACCAGCGUCUGAGCGAAAAGCCUAGACGCCUAUCUUUUAAGUCAUGUACAUAGCCCAGGAUAUUGUCAAUCGACAUUCCACCUCAUAGAUUGCACUAUUUGCAACUACCCGUGUCCAGUUCUCAUGAUAAGUGGUCAGUAAAAUGCACCAUUUUAAUACUCAACAACAUUGGUACAAUUUUGUGUGAAACGGA